CAAUGCCAAUCUCGAGGUUUCACUGGAAUAAGUUUUAAUCUGGUUUUUAGUGUUAUUCAUCAGUUUUCAGGAAAGUUCGGUUAACCUAUAUCUAAUCUUGGAUACACUUCAAUCAUGUGUCGAGGAAUGUAUCAUUGAUUUUUUUCUGGAUAAAAUUUCAAUCAUUGAUCAAUUUCAGCGUUCAGCGGCUUCACUCGAGUUCCAAAAUAAUAUUGUGGUGAUUGCUCAAAAGUGAAACUUUUUACUCAACGUGAGUGUGGAGAAUGAUACGACCUAAAAAUUUCUGAAAAUAAAAGUGCUUUCAAUCAUAAGUUUACUAUAUUUGCGAUUCACUGUUGAAUAUCAUCAGUCGAGUUUUUACAGGAAUAAUUCAGAAAAAUCCGUCAACGAACUAUUGACAACAUUUUCCUCUUCGUUUUGAUGAUUUAAAAAGUUUCUAACCAGACUCUUUACACUAGAACGGAGGUGGUAUUUUCAGUUAGUGCCGAAUUUCAAAAUGUAUCGUUUUUCCGAAUAGAAAAGUUACCAAACUUAUGCCGUGAAUGAAAGAAAAUUAGCGUGUUGUAAAAUAAGAUCUUUAAGAAAAUCGUCUACGUUACCAUUUUUUACCUUUAAUUUUUUCCUUUGAUUCGAGCACAUACAUGAGUCAAGCUGAGAUAUGUUUUUCAGAAUUAUGGUGUUUCUUCUAACAGCUUUUUAUACACAACUUUAAAAAUGGUUUAUAACGAUUAAAAUCUAUGGAAUUUGACUGCUUCAUCGGUAAAAUAUGACAUUUUACCCCAGCCCAGCAAGUUACCAACAAGUGACGCAGUUCAACAACUUCCAAUUUCAAGGGCAAGGUCGUGUGAAUCAAUUAGGCGGAGUUUUCAUAAAUGGACGUCCACUCCCGAACCACAUACGGCUGAAGAUCGUCGAGAUGGCCGCGGCAGGAGUCCGGCCGUGCGUGAUUUCGCGUCAGCUGCGCGUGUCCCACGGCUGCGUCUCCAAGAUCCUCAACAGGUACCAAGAAACGGGGAGCAUCCGCCCCGGAGUGAUCGGGGGCAGCAAACCCAAAAUUGCUACCCCGAGCAUCGAGAGGUGCAUCGAAGUCUACAAGAAGGAGAAUCCCAAUAUUUUCAGCUGGCAGAUUCGGGAUAAACUCAUUAAGGAUGGUGUCUGUACAGCUGAGACUGUUCCAAGCGAAUCAACAAUCAGCCGUUUCAUUCGAGGCGAUGUGAAAAAUUCAAACGCUGACUAUUCAAUUGAUGGAAUUUUAGGCGGAGGCGACCCUGAUUGUGAACCGGGUCUUGUGUUACGACGAAAGAAACGAAGAGGCAGAACAACUUUCAGCGCAGACCAACUUGCGGCUCUGGAGAGGGCCUUCCAAUUUUCUCAGUAUCCCGAUGUGUACACACGAGAGCGAUUAGCUACCCAAUACGGUCUUACAGAAACACGAGUACAGGUAUGGUUCAGCAAUCGACGAGCGCGGUGGCGAAAACACGGAACGCGACCCGAGUCCUCAUACUACCCUCAACCUACAGACACAGGUCCCGCUAUGCUCUCAAUCACAGGCACUCCAGAUUGGUCUGAUAUCAUAAGCGGGACAGCGCUCAAACAGCCUCCUUGCACUGGAUUUGAACCUCCCUCUGUGUACAACCCAAACAAGGAUCCAAGGCUCCCAACCAGCCAUUAUAACAGUGGCCUCCUUUACGAUGCUAGUCAGCAGCCAUCGACAUGCCUUCUGCAAAAUCCCUACCACGGUCUGAUAUGAGUCCCCAUGGGAAUUACGACACGAGACAACGUUUAGACGAGAUCUUCUGAAGAGCUUACUGAUGAAAAAUUGGAGUUUGAAAAUUCAGAUCGUUGGUGAAAAAGCAAAAACGCAAAUCUUGGUUUCGCGCAAAUUUGCCGGGCAAAAUUAAGUAAAUUGAUAAAAAUUUAGCGUUAUUUUCUUAAACCUUCCCGAUUUUUUCUCUCGUGUGAGAGAUAUUCUGCAAAAAUUUCCAGGGAUAAUUCUGGUUCGUCCUCUUUUUAUUAAAUACGGUAGGUACAAGAAAGAGAUUCUGAGACACCACAAACGAGAUUCGCGUUUUUGUAAUUCCACCCUUGAUCCCUAUACUUAUGCAACUGAUUUUCGGCCUAAUUCUAAAUACUUUAUCAUUUUUUGUACCUGAAUUGUUAGCUUUACCUAAAAAUAUAUUGUAUAUACUUGUAUUGUACCUAAUCUACGGUGACUGGCGUUUUAUGUGGUGUACUGAUAGAGAAUAGGCACUCCCUACAUUUCUUUAAGAUUGAUAUACCAAUCUGUGAGAAUUCUUAAGUACGUCAACAUUCUGAAUUUUCCGAAUCGGUAGAAAUCCGCUCUUAAUAGGUAAGGGUCAAAGAUUUUUAUUUGAAAUUUAGACCCAUGUUCCGGAUAGCACUAGGUAUGAGAGAGUUUUUAAAAUUGAAAAUUAAAAAUCUAUAUACUUGAGCCCAAAAAGGUGCUGUAACUGUACUGAAAAGGAGUUGAUACGAAAACGACCCCCUCCAUCCAGUAUUCCCUUUAUUUUUGGUAUAAACGAAGUGAACCUAUACAUACUAAGAGGUAUUUUACCCCAAAA